AUUGGAACUGCGCGCGUAUGUUAAUCUAAGCGCUACUCUUCUACUAUAUUUCGCUGCGCUAGAUUGUUCAAGUCAAAUAGCAGACUCUCUUCGUCUUCUUUGCAUUCUCGCAGCCACUUUAAGGAUUAUGUGAUCGCAUGAGCGUCGCUUGUCUUCGCACGUGUAUGAGAAUAAUUCCAGAUAUACAAUAUAUGCUUAGAAAUUUAGAAAUAUUAUAAAGAUAUUCCAUUAUAUUUCAUUUGGGAGUUCAAAAGCACACUUUUCUGUCUAGAUAACAGCAAGAUUUGAAUCCGAAGGCAACAGAUCUGGCAAUAGACAGCCAUCUUAAAAAUUUCAACUUUGAAAGUUGUUAAUUUUCAACUGAAAUUCAAAAGGAACAGCGAAAUGACUAUAAAAGUCUGUAAUAACACAGCAUUGUGAACAGUAAAACUUACGAUUACUUAUCAGCAAUGUUUUUGCGAAAUUAACCGAACGACUCAUUUUUGUAUAAAAAUACGUCCAUGAAUAAUGUAGUACUUGGCAGUAUUAUCUUAAUUUGUAACAUUAUGGUAUGCAAUGUCAGUGCAAAUAAUUAUGUUCUACUCUCCAGAUUCGAUAAAUUAUGCAAAGAAAGAUAUGAUAAAGGAUUUUUAACAAGUUUUGUAGUUGAUGAUAUUACAAUUCGUGAACAAUUGAUGUUAUCAUGGCCUGGAGAGUUAAACACACCAUUGGAGAACCCUAAAUAUGCUAUAUGCCCUGGUUUGGUUAUUCAUCCUUCAGGUCGUUUUGUUAAAAGAGCUUUUCCAGAAGGUCUAGCACUCUUUUGGUUACUGAGAGCCAGUGUCCGAGUGACUUGUCCAACAAAUACUGACUCUACUGAUUCAUUCUAUCUCCAGUUAGAUCAAUGGAUUGAUUCUUUAGAAUGGAGUACAAAACACUGGCGACCUGAUAUAUCAAAAGAUCACGAAGAAGAUGUGACUGGUGGUUCCGCUGGUUUCGGUGAAGCACCUGAUGAUAUUUUACGAGUCAGUUGUUCUAGUGAAUUCGCUGGUCGAACCAUUGAUUGGAGUUUAUCGGGUUAUUUACGCAGAAUACGUCUCACUUGGAACUUCAUUAAUGAGACAGAAGUAAUGCAUAGUAAUAGCACUAGUUCUAUGGAAAAUAUAAAUCUGUUGAAUACGUCGUCAUCAUCAUCCACCUCUUCAGCAUCUUCGACAUCUCUAACAACCAGUGAUGAUGUGAAUUCAACACUACUUUCUCAACGAAGUCAUCAUCAUCAUCAUCAUGAAUUCAGGCGAACUUCAGGAAUUCAAUUUCUUGUGCGUAUCUCUUCACAAAUGCUUUUCGUUGGGAAUUUCUCUAUGGAACGCAAAAAAUCUUUAUGUGAAUUUUUCUCUGGAUUUUGGUGUAUUCAAUCCCCUUCUUCUUCUGCUGUUGCUGCUGGUGCUGUUGUCGGUCUUAACCAGACAAAUUCAUCAACAUUAGGCAAUCCAAUUAGUAGUAAUAGUAAUAAUAAUAAUAAUCCUUCUCUUCCUGAUGUUGUUGAUCAAGCAAUCUGUGUUCAAGCUACAAUGCGUUGUGAUAAUCUUCCUGAUUGUAAUUUAAAUGUUCCUAUAAAUCAAAUGAAUUUAUCACAAGAUGAAGCAGAUUGUGAAUUAAUUACACUGAUCAACUAUCAGCUGGGUAAUGCUUCUUUAAAAUCAUAUUUAUCAGAUAAGUAUGACGCCUGGGUGUCAAAAUUGCCAUGGAUUGUUCUUGCUCCAGUCCCUGCAAUAUUGAUUUGUGCUUUAAUACGUAUAUGUACACAAAAACGUCAACUCGACCUGAUUGAAGAUCAUCAUCUCUCUAUGAACUGUUCAAUCAUGCAUAAUAACGCCUCUGGUCUAGACACAGAUCAUUGUGAUAAAUGUCAACAACUGCAGUAUAAAAGAUCUCGUUCAAAUUAUUUCCUAAUUGGUAGUCGAAAAUCCCGUACUGGUGGUGGUGGGGGUUGUGGUGGCGGUGGCAGUGGUGUUGGUGUUGGUGCUGUCGGCGGUGGUGGCUUAUCAAUGGCAUUUAAUUCAAUCAAUAAAUUAUCCAGUGUUCUUGAAGUUGAAGAUGAAGUCGAUGAUGCCGAUCAACAACAGCAGCAGGAGGCGGAGGACGAGGAGGAGGACGAGAAUAUGUUAGCGAUGAAAAUAUUGAAUGUUAUGACCAAGUCAACAACAUAUUCUACAGCUGGUUUAAUUGAUUCAACUGAUGACAACAAGAUGUUGUUGAAACAUGCUUAUUCACUGCCUGAAUGUGAUUUAAAACUUUCUUCCAGUGAACAACAAGGCGAUGAACAGUCGUCUGAUCAUCGUCAACUGGUGGAUUGGUUUCCACCUGAAGAUCGUAAAUCUGCAUGUUUAUCUCUAAUAAAUGGAAAGUCUUUAUCAAAAUUCAAUCAGCAGAAUCCCACUGUUGGUGAUGUGAUAAUUUCCAACGCUUGUUGUAUUGAAACCAACCGGGAUAAUGGUCGUCCAACGACUGGUUCUAGGAACAUUGACGAUCCUAUUAUACACUUCAAUAAUGAACUAUUCGUCAAAUGUAGAAGUUAUAAUGAUUUACAACAGGCAAUGAUUCAAAAAGAAGAAGAAGAAGAUAUUCAAAUGGCUUGUUUAUCGUAUUCAUCGCAUCUUGAUGAUGAUGGUGAUGGUGAUGGUGAUGAUGAACAAAUGUCCUCUGUGUGUUCCUCUUCUUCAUCUUCUCCAACUGCUGUUGCUGCUGCUUCAUCGUCUUCAUUGUCAUCUCCACAAGUAAAUCUUCCAGGAUGUGAAACAAGUCGUAGUUCCGAUAUACCUGCAUCGUUUGUCAUCUCAUCUAAUCCAGAUUUAUGCAUACAUUCCUUAUCGUCACCACCGGCAUCACCUUCACCAUCCACUUCAACAGUAUUAUCAACACUUCAAAAACAUUUACUCCAAUCAAAAAAAUAUGCUCUGAAUCGUAUUCAUCAUCAUCAUCAAUUCUUCAUGUCAUCGUCUUAUCCUGUCUCAAAAAAUGAUCAUAGAAAUAAUUCUACUACUACUAAUAACAGUAGUAAUAGUAGUAGAAGUAAACUGUUAUUAAUGGAAUCUGCACAAAGUAUUGAAGACAACAGAUAACGCCUACUAAUAAAUACCGUGAUUACUUACACUGAAAGGUGCAAGAAAGCACUUGUUUGUUUUUGUGUGUGUGUGUGUGUGUGAGAAGAAUUCAGAAACCAUCCUGAUUAUACUUCGCUUAAUCUUUCCUCUCAGCAUUAUACAUUCAAGUAUCUAUUCCACUCCACUCCCCCCCCCUCAAAAAAAAACAACUUCCAUAUUUGAUAAAUGAACGAGGGAGAGAGAGAGAGAGAGAGAAAAGGAACUAAAUGGCGCGUAGUAAUUGCAAUCAAUUCAACUCUCCUUUUUUUGUGACUGCUGUGUUUCCUCCUUUGUACACGUCAACAUUCUCUGUCACACCAUCCUUCCGUCCGUCCAGCCAUCGAUCCAUCCAUCCAUCCGUCAUGAUUUAUGAGAUGGUUGUGAUGAUGACAGUGAUAAUGAUGGUGAUGACUGUUAAUAUACAUUGCAUUUAUUACAUUCUCUUUAUAUUUGUGUAAUUUCAUUUCCACAGAGAAAUGGGCAUUUAUUAGCAAAUAAAAAUAACACCAUUCUAUACCAUUUUGCAUUUAUAUACAUAUAUAUGUAUAACACUAUUAGAG